UCCCAAAACUUUUUUCCUCUCUAAAUUAGUACUAGAAUAAUCCGAUUGUUAGGGAAAAUAAUUCCACAUCCUUACAUUUAUAGUGAAAUGGUAAUACGUUCACAUUCAUCGAAGGCGAUCGAGAUGGCGCUCACUUCCUCAGCCUCCCUCUACCUCGGCAUAGACGUGGGCACGGGCAGUGCACGAGCAGGGAUCUUUGAUGAGCAUGGAAAGCUUUUAAAGUCAGCUAGCAGUCCUCUACAGAUAUGGAAGGAGGGAAACUGUAUAGAGCAAUCAUCAACAGACAUCUGGCUUGCUGUCUGUGCUGCAACGAGAGCAGCAUGCCAAUUGGCAAAUGUAUCUGGGGAAGACAUCUCCAGUGUGGGUUUUGCUGCUACGUGCUCACUUGUUGCUGUGGGUGAGGAUGAUUCUCCCGUAACUGUCUCAUGGAGUGGUGAUGCAAGGCGAAAUGUGAUAGUAUGGAUGGAUCACCGGGCUGUAGAACAGGCAGAGCGGAUCAAUGCAUACAAUUCACCUGUGCUUCAGUAUGCUGGUGGAGCACUUUCACCAGAAAUGCAGCCACCUAAGCUUUUGUGGGUGAAAGAAAACCUAAAUGAAUCUUGGGCUGUUGCAUUCAGAUGGAUGGACCUGAGCGACUGGCUAACAUACAGGGCUACUGGAGAUGAUACCCGUAGUCUAUGUACAACUGUCUGCAAGUGGACCUACUUAGGUCAUGCCCAUAUGCAGCAGAUGAGUAUGAAGAAUACUAAAGCAAUGGAUGCGUGUGGAUGGGAUGAUGUUUUCUGGCAGGAAAUUGGUCUAGGGGACCUUGUAGAAGGACACUAUGCAAAAAUAGGAAGGAGUGUGGCAUUUCCUGGACAUCCUCUGGGUGCUGGCCUAACAGGAACAGCUGCACAGGAGCUAGGGCUGUGCGAAGGAACUCCUGUUGGAGCCUCAUUGAUAGAUGCUCAUGCUGGGGGCAUUGGGGUUAUAGAAAGUGUGCCAUCGUCAAAUAUUAAGCCUCAAGAAGAAGAAAAAAUGGAAGCUCUUUGUCAUAGAAUGGUCUUAGUAUGCGGUACAUCUACAUGCCACAUGGCUGUAGCACAGAAUAAAGUUUUCAUCCCAGGUGUCUGGGGGCCUUUUUGGUCAGCUAUGGUACCAGAGUUAUGGCUCACAGAAGGGGGACAAAGUGCAACUGGGGCUUUGCUGGAUCAUUUAGUUGAAAAUCAUGUGGUUGCUCCUCUUCUGGCCAACCGUGCAGCAUCACAAAAUAUUUCACUGUAUGAGUUACUAAACAGAAUACUAGAAUCAAUGGCACUUGAGAUGCAAGCCCCAUUUGUUGCUUCUUUGUCAAAGGAUGUACAUGUGCUCCCUGACUUUCAUGGCAACAGGUCUCCAGUUGCAGAUCCAAGUGCAAAAGGAAUGAUUUCUGGCCUGACACUUGAUAGUAGUGAGAAACAAUUGGCUGUUUUGUACCUUGCCACAUUACAGAGCAUUGCAUAUGGCACACGGCACAUUGUUGAGCAUUGUAAUGCUCAUGGUCUAAAGGCAAGUCAUUCAACAUCAUGUGGUUUCCAACUUAUUGAUACUCUUCUUGCAUGUGGCGGUCUUUCUAAAAAUUCUCUAUAUAUUCAAGAGCAUGCUGACAUCAUUGGUUUCCCUGUGAUAUUACCAAGAGAGAGAGAGUCAGUGCUCUUGGGUGCAGCUAUAUUGGGUGCAGUUUCUGCUAAGAAAUAUAACACUCUUCAAGAUGCAAUGAAAGCGCUUAAUGCACCUGGCCAGGUAUUCUAUCCAUCACAAGAUCCCAAGGUGAAGAAAUAUCAUGAUGCAAAAUAUCGUAUUUUUCGUGCACUCUAUGAGCAACAAGUCUCCUUUAGAUCAAUGAUAAGUGAUGCUCUUGGCUAGCAUCAUACUUAAUUUGUUCAUUGCCUUGAAGCACGUUCACCAUAUCUACCAUUGCCUUGAUGUGCAGGCAUAAUAUAUUUCACCUUCCAAAAUAUGAGUAAUUGUAAAUUAGUUGUCCUGUUGGCCUCAUUUACGGAGUAAAUCUUUCACUGAUAAUUAAAUAAAAUAUGUAUUUAUGUGCACGGGGCAAAUAAGUUCUAUUCAAAUUUGUAUGUGUAGACUCACAAUGUUAAUAAGGCUCAAAAUGGAAAGGGUGAUCCUAUCAUGGAAAUGCUCUAUAAUGAGGCUUCACGCAAUUACAGAAGAACACUCAUUUGGGUUUAAAUUUUUAUUUCUGGAAAUAAUUUUUAUGUUUCUCAGCCUUCGUAGCCUAUUUGGCAUUGUUAUCAAACAUGGCGCUUGAUGAGUAAGUUUACCAAAUAUAGUCUCCAAGAGAUUGCAUUA